AUGUAACAUGGAAAUGUGCAUGUAUAUGUCUAUCAUGCGAUACUCGAAAGAUUGCGCAAAAUGCACAUACACCACGAUAUUAAAAUUAAUAAAUAAUGAGAUUCUAAUUACUUUGCGUGGAUUGCUUGCGCUGCGUAUUAGUGUUUACAUUAUGAUCAUAAAAAAUUAUUAAUUUAAAUAAUUAUAUCGUGAUUACAGACGAAUUAACAGAAUCAAGACGGAAUUGAAAUAAAUAAUAAUAAUCAGGGACAUGUUUACUUUGUCGAAUAUAUACUUUAAUAGAAUAGUUAUGAAUACGCGAAAAUUUUCUUCUUAUAAGAUAUAUGAACGAAGUUAUAUGACUUAUAUACAAGGCCAAUCACCAGAACCACAUAUACGAGAAUACUUUUAUUAUAUUGAUCAUCAAGGCAUGCUGUUCUUAGAUGAUGUUCGUACAAAAAAUUUUACAUCCUGUUUUAAAGACAAAAAAUUUUUGGCUUUCUUCUUUAAAAGACUCAAAAUAAAUAAUAUUGGACGACAUACACAAGAAUUUCCUUAUGUCUCUCUUUGUGGUCCUGAAAGGAACUUUAUAAAAUGCGAUGAUCUCCCUAUAGUUUUCACGAAAAUUAUUCAAAAAGAAAAUGUAGAAAUUGAUAAAGAGGAGGAUUGGUUUGGCUAUUCGCACGCUGAGGAGUUUUUGAUGGUACCAUUUGAACCAGAAAAAUUAUUUAUGGAUUGUAAUUCAGGUAGAGUAUAUCAUCCUGCACCUGAAAAAGUAGGAGGCAUUGGUCUGGUUAGAUCCAAAAUGGCUAUUGAACUGAGUGUUUUUUUCUGUUUUGAAAAUGGUGAAGAACAAGGUCCAACUCAUUUUCAAUGGAAAAAUAACAAAUACGUAAUUGAUACUGAGUGGUAUAAAAACAGUGUGAAGUAUAAAGAUUGUCCUUAAAAGUUACAUUUUUAUUGGAAAGGGAAUAAAAAAGAUGACCAUUUUCUUAAU